GUAAAUAUUAGCCUUUUAGAGUUCUAAAUCUAAUGACCAAAGUGCAAUUAGAUAACAGGUUUUAUUCCAUUCGUUUGUGCAAGAGUCAUACGUAGGAUAACAUAAAUAUGACAUCAGAAUAUGGUAAAUUUGGACCCUUGGUGGGGGCGAUAGACGAAGGGACAUCGAGCGCUCGUUUUAUCCUUUUCAAAGCUAACACCUGCGAAGUUGUGGUGUCACACCAGAAGACAUUAGAACAACAUUUCCCUCAAGAAGGAUGGGUGGAGCAGGAUCCAUGUGCUAUAUUGGAAGUGGUGAAGACUUGCAUAGGUAAAGCAGUCGAACAAUUAGUGUCCUUAGGCGGCAAUCCAAAGGAUGUAGUUGCAGUAGGAGUGACAAACCAGCGGGAGACAACUAUAGUUUGGGACAGGUACACUGGGAAACCUCUUCACAAUGCCAUUGUCUGGCUCGACAUGCGGACAUCAUCAACAAUUGACAAGCUGUUGGAUUUGGUGCCCAACAAGACUAGAAAUAAAAACUAUUUGAAGCCACUUUGCGGACUACCGAUGUCCCCGUACUUCAGUGCGGUGAAACUACGCUGGCUGAGUGACAAUGUGGAUGCAGUUAAAAAGGCAAUGAAGAAAGGUAGCUGCUGCUUUGGCACUGUCGACACUUGGAUCAUAUGGAAUUUGACAGGCGGUCCCAACGGAGGCAAACAUGUGACGGAUGUGACCAACGCAUCGCGCACAAUGCUGAUGAAUAUCGAAACCUUAAGCUGGGAUCCGCUUCUCAUGAAGUUCUUCGAGGUGCCAAAAUCUGUGCUGCCCGAAAUUAAGUCCAGUUCUGAAAUAUAUGGAUACAUAGCAGAGGGGCCACUGCAGGGUGUCCCUAUAUCAGGCUGCCUCGGUGACCAGCAAGGCGCUCUUGUUGGUCAGAUGUGCCUGCAGAAAGGACAAGCGAAGGCAACUUAUGGUACAGGGUGUUUCGUGCUGUACAACACGGGCGACGUCCGCGUCAACUCCAGUAGGGGGUUGCUUACGACUGUCGCAUACCAGCUGGGAAGUCACAGCCCGCCGUGCUACGCUUUAGAGGGAUCGGUGGCCGUUGCGGGCGCAGCGUUGGGCUGGCUGAAAGACAACAUUGGUAUGAUAAACAGCGCCAAAGAUACACAGGCUAUGGCUGAAAAAGCGACAGAAAACGGAAGCGUUGUGUUUGUACCGGCUUUCAGCGGACUGUACGCGCCAUAUUGGAGACAGGACGCUCGCGGGGUAAUAUGCGGUAUUACUGAAGAUACUAACGACAAGCAUAUUGUACGCGCUGCCCUCGAGGCGGUUUGCUUCCAAGUGCGGGACAUACUGGACGCUAUGAAUGAAGAUUGCGGUAUUCCCCUGCAAAUACUCAAGGUGGACGGCGGAAUGACCUCCAACGCGCUAGUUAUGCAAAUGCAAGCCGACUUGAUAGGCAUCAACGUGACCAAAGCUGGCUUCACCGAGAGCACGGCGCUUGGAGCGGCGAUGGUGGCGUAUUGGGGCUUGGACCACAGCCAGAACGGGAAUAUGAUUGAUCUGGUCACCGGCACUGCGUACUACCCGAGCAUAUCGGACGACGAGCGGGACAUGAGGUACAAGCAUUGGAAGAUGGCGGUGGAGAGAUCUUUAGGGUGGGAGCUCAAUUAAUCGCGUGCCACAUUCCGCGUUCAUCGUCAACGACGCCCUCAUUUGUCCACUUGUGUUUGCCAAAAUUAUAUUUUUAAUCGACUUUUUCCGCAACAAACAAACAAAAUUCAUUUAUUUCA